ACUAUUUUUAUUGGGAUACUCUAAGUACAGCAGAUCCAGAAAACGUUAAAAUCUUGUGACAGAUUUUGUUUUUUGUGCCACAGAUAUGGCUGAUGUCUCCCACAGCCGUGCAGACGAGCAGUGUAAUACAGUACUGUACGUACUAGCAUCUGGAAGUUGGUUUCGAAUACUAAUUAAUGAUUUCUUUUCAAAGUAUUCUAGCACAUGUUUGCGUCUCAUCAGUGCUUUGGAAUGGUGUAAUUCAUUUUACGAUGAAAUAAUUAAAAUAAUUGAACGGAAUAAGCAAUUGAAAAGUUAUAAUGUUUUAUCUAUUGAUAUGUCUAUUCCAUUCAACUGAUAAAAGGUGUCAAUUAUUUUUAUUCUAAAUGCCCAAUUUACUGGAAUUUUUUAAGACAUGUCUUGGGAGAAAACAGACCCGAUCCCCGCAACCGCGGCCCGAUCCCAUUCCCCGUGGAUAUCCUUUGCCACCACAUACUACCGACUUCAGUGUAACCACGGUUAACUCUUUUGCCGUGACACUGUUCAAGAAGCUUGUAGAAACCUCUUACUGUCCUCAGCGGAACAUUGCCGUUAGUCCGCAUGCUGUUCAAGUCGUCCUCGCAACGCUGUUGCCCGGGACUAGCGGGGAAGUCUACGCGGCAUUGGCGAAUCUGUUAUGUUUAAACGGAAGAACUCCUCCAGAAUUAUUCGGAUCCUUGGAUGCCAUUAACGCCAACGGUGCACUGAACAGUGUCACCACCGUAUUUUACGAUGAAAAUUGUCGUUUAGUCUCCGAGUAUCAGGAGACAUUGGAGAAGUCCGUCGUCAUUCAUACCAGAGAGACACCAGUCUAUCUAGAUAAAGAUCAAGACUACAGAUGGUCUGCUGUAGAGCCUCAUUAUACUCACUAUAAAUCCCUACAGUGCGAGUUCGUUCCAGUGCCUUUUCGGGAUGAUUUCGAGAAAGCAGUAGACAUCCUCCAGAAGUCUGAUUUUGGAAGAUCGGGGAAUAAGUUUCACCACUGGCUGGACGAACGCCGGACGGAUGCCACACUGGUCCUGCUGAACAGGGUUGAAUUUUCCGGUCAAUGGGAGGAGCCGUUUUAUCCCGGAAAAAGCAGAGACGACACGUUCUACUGCGCCGAUGGUAAAGAGAAAUCUGUGGUCUUCAUGGAGCAGACGUUCAAUCCCAGUCGUUGCUAUAAUGUUCAGCCGGACACCACCCGUGCCCUGCACGCCGAAGACCCGCAGAUGGUCAUUUUGGAUGUUUUGGGAAGGCAGUUCAGUGUGAUGAUUGUGUUACCAGGGGAAAAUAAUGGAGGAAUGCAGGCACUGGAGAAGACGCUGACAAUUGAAAAUCUACUGCAAUGGCGACAGAAAAGCCGGACGUGCAAUAAUCUGUAUAUUGUUCUUCCCAGAUUUCGUAUCCGUUGCGGUGUCGAUUUAAAAGUAUGCACGCAGUCGAUGGGAUUACAAGAACUGUAUGCAGCGUCCAGCACGGGGUUUUCGCCGAUGGUCAGCAGCGACGGACCGGUGAAAGUUGACGAAUUUAAGCAGGAGGUGACCAUAGAAGUGGACGAAUACGGAAUUAAAACGGCGCCAUGUUAUGGUGAACUGAACGAAAUAAACCUGCUCAGCUAUCCGAAUUUCGUGGCUAAUCGACCCUUCCUUGUCGUCAUUUGGAACGAGUUAGCCAACGUACCGGUCUUCAUUGGACGAAUUACCGAUCCAACUGCCUGACCUCGUCCUGUAAUGCAGUGUUCCAGAUCAGCAACAGCAACGUUUUCGAAACAACUAGCCGCAUAAACCAUAAAGCAAUCGCAAAGUACGGCUGUGUUUAUCUGAAGCGCACCCGAAUACGAAAAUAAUUUCUAUGUAAUACAGUAAAAAAUUUGUACGUGUUUCAUACAGUUCGAGUACCGAUUUCUUAACCUUUCAAAUACGUUUGGUACUGAAAUGAAAUUGAUAUAAGUUUAUAUAACUGUUUGUUGGGGGAUCCUCGUAACGGCGUUAGCUUCUAAAAUGCGUAGGUGUACAGAUACCUUGGGCUUUUAGCACAAGCGGCACAAACCAGUACAACUUUUUAUGUAUUAGAUGAAUGCGUUAUCCGCAUGCUCCGUUGCGUUAAUAUUAUGGUAGCUGCGUUGCUUUAGUGUUUCUUUGAUUCUGCAGCCAGUCCCAUAAGAUGUACUUCCGAAGUGUCGACGUUUCAGUGUUCCUGCUGAAAACAGACCCGUGCAAUUUGCUGGUGUUUCACCGUUUUUUUUUUCGUACGCUGGAAAUGUUUCCUACGCAGAUUAACAACGGCCCAAACGCGCUAUCUAUCAGUAGAAAGCGAGCUCAUGCCAAUUAAUAACUACUUUAAUAAAAGAAGGCAGUAAAUUAUUCGAAUAAACGAUGCUUUCUGCCAAGCAACUUUUCUAAUUGUUGCUUUAUGGGAGUCCAAGUAUGUAAGACCUUAAUGAUAGCUGAGAAAAGCGAUCGUUCAACAAAACAUUAACUUUCUCGAUGCUGAUGCGAAAAUUAAGGAAAAUAAA